AUCGGAUCCGAGCAGUACAACAGGAACAUAAUAUCUUCUAAGCUCCAUGCGCCACGUUGGAGCCAACAAUCUAGGCGUCGCAUUCACAAUCACACUAAAGUAAGCUCACAACCUACACGCGGGGCGAGUCGUGGAUUACCCAGGCCACGCAAGCUUUACAGGCCAACAUACGCAACAUUCAUCCUCGUGUUUCCGCCACCCUACCUCGACUCUCGUGUACCUCGUACCCUGUUCUACCCGUCUCUCAUAUCGAACCUCAUAUACAGGCCUUGCUCCUUCACUAUUGCGAACAAUUCAUGAUCAACGCAUAUCCCAUAUGUGCUAGCGGAGCAUUCAUACGCACUAUUUCCACCUCACGCCUCUUAGACACGGUCUUAUAAAGAUGGUCAGUCGGAAGCCAGUCGCCGACAAUCUCGUUCCAAAACCGCUGUCCCAAGCCAUCAACAACCCUCCGUACCCGAUCAGUCCGACUGAAGACCAUGCGCCGAUGUCACAAUCUCCUGCGACCGAAACACAAGAUAUAACUCUUCACAAUGCAUCCGCAAGUCCGGAGACCCCUGCUUCUACAUUGGAGACUUUGAAGCAGCUCCACGAACAGACUGAUCCUAAGCAAAACCAGUCGGACUCGGAUGAUGAUCACGAAUGGGAUUCGGAUUUCGAAGAGAUUGAUGUAGAUGAAGCCCCAAGAAAGCACGAUUUGCCUGCAGCACUUAAAGUUGGUGGCUUGGCGUCUCCGAGACCACAGCCAGGUAGCCUCCCCUCGACACUGCGCGUUGGACCACCGGAAGGUGUGCCUAAGAUAUUUCGAGAGAGUCCUGAUCCCACGCCACCCCUCGUUGAGCCAUCUAGCUAUACUGCGAGUACCACAUCUAGCCAAGGUCUGCCUUUGCAGUCUCAUAAUCCCUACCUUAGUUACCAAUCUACAGGACAAUCAAGUGUGUCUAGUAAGGAUGGUCUCGCCCAGCCUAUCAAGACAGGUAUGGCUGCAACGAAUCCGUGGGCUGCCAGCUUGGCUGCGGUAGAGCUACCAUCGCAGCGGACGCCCGUUGAAGAAGUAUCAAGACUUUCUAUGAGUGGACUUGAAGUCCACGACGCGGACGAUUCGCCUGGGACAAGUCACGCCCCAAUAAUCCCUAGCAGAGCUGAGGAACAAUUAAAACGCCAAAACUCAAGUCCCUGGGAUCCUGGCAUGGAUAUAUCGUCAUUGGAUGCCUUUAGCUCGCGUAACCAUCGCCUGCCUUCUACGCAGGAAAAUGAUGAGAAUCCGCAAACUCGAACUUGGCAGGAGCAGCAAGAUUGGGAGCGCAGAGAACGUGAAAAACAACAAAUGGAGCUGGCGGCCGCAGCCGAAAGAGCACAAAAGCGCCAAGCAGAACAGAACGCCGAAGAUGAAUGGUUCAGAGGAGAAGCUGCUUUUAGUGCAUCUCAUUCAGCACAUCAGCCGUCUCUACUCGAUCAAGCUCUUCCUUUGCCACCACGGAAUGAUGCUGGGCCAAUAAGACCACACGUCAACACCGACGGUCAGCCAACCAGCAGACCUGAGAUUGAAACACCUAGCACGAGAUCCCAAAGGCAACGCAAAGAGCAUUAUCAGAUCAAGCAUAUGCGAUGGUACGAUGCCAAGAAGCAAGGAUUCCGACCAGCACCCAUUCUUACACAAAAUACGAAUGGACCCUGCCCCUUACUUGGUCUUGUCAACGCUCUGGUCCUGUCGACGCCUCAUGGAGAGGAAACGGCUUUGAUAGAAACGCUACGAACCCGUGAACAAGUCAGCCUGGGACUCUUAUUGGAUGCUGUGUUCGAUGAACUGAUGUCAGGUCGACGAGGAGAUGCUGCGCAACAGCUUCCAGACGUUGGUGAUUUGUAUUCGUUUCUCGUAACAUUACAUACCGGUAUGAAUGUCAAUCCACGUUUCGUCAAGGCCGAUGGUGCACCAACUCGAGCGCCAAGCGGAUUCGAGAGCACGAAAGAGCUACGGAUGUAUAGCACGUUCAACAUCCCAUUGAUCCAUGGCUGGCUUCCGCCAAGUGAGUCUCGAGCAUACGCCGCAUUUGACAGGAUAGCCCAGACGUACGAAGAUGCACAGAACGUCCAGUUCCACGAAGAGGAGUUAGAGACAAAGCUACAGGCCCAAGGCCUGACACCUCAAGAGCAGGAUAUGUUUCAGGAUUUACAGUCCAUUAAGGACUUCUUCCGCACUUGGCCAACGCAACUUACAGAAUACGGGCUAGACGUCAUCACGCAGAAUAUUAAGCCUGGCCAAGUGGCUAUCCUGUUUCGGAACGAUCAUUUUUCAACACUGUAUAAAGAGCCACGCACGGGGCGAAUCUUCACGCUUGUCACCGAUGCAGGCUAUUCCCGCCAUGAAGAGAUCGUAUGGGAAAGUCUUGUAGACGUGCAUGGUCGAGGUAGCGAAUUGUUCUCGGGCGACUUCAGACCAGUAGGUAAUAUGUCAGACGCCAAUACUGUUAGCAAUGAGGCCGAGGAACGCCCGAUCAGGAGUUUACUGGAUGCCGAUGAUGAUCAAGGUUGGCAAGCCGUAAGGAACAACCGAAGCGGUCAGCCUCGGCCACAAGAUCCCGCGCCUCUCACAGGCUCCACUAUAGAACCGACCGCAGGAUCGCCUCCCGCUGCUUCAACAGAACAGGAAGAUCAUGAUCUUGCUCUAGCUUUACAGCUCCAGGAAGAAGAAGAGGAUCGACAUCGCCGAGAUUUAGCAGCUCGAAGACGACGCGAGAACGAGCUAUCUGAGCAGUUCAUAUCUUCGAGCAAUGGCAGAGAUGGCACCGGUGCCUCCCCAGCUGGACUAGGUGGGCCGCAGAUUCGACCGAUGAUCCCACCUCGAAGAACUCACAACAACAAUGGAGGCAAUGGUGCUGUAUCAGCUCCAUCUGAUGGACAUGAAGAUGCGCCGCCCCCGACGUACGAACAAGCGGCAGCUGGUCGUCCUUAUAACCCGCCUCGCACACACCCAGCGAGUGCCCAUGCACCGAUACAGCCUGCUCGGCCUGUAGCUACGAACCAAAGUGCAUAUACUCAGGCGAGUGGAGUCGGUGGUAGGAGGAGAGCUUCUGGACCAGGUCUUAUAAGCCAAGUUCCCGGAAGUCGUUUACCGGGGCGCCGUCCGAUGUCGAGUGUAGGCCCAAAUCAGCUGGGUCAAGGCCAUGCUGCUACCGGUGAAGACCGCGAGAAGUGCAUUGUCAUGUAAGAUAGAUUUUGGUCUGGAUCUGAGCAUUACUAGCGAGCGUUAAGAGGUCUUGGUGUGCAUAGGGUCUGCUUUUCAAGUGUUUGAGUUUCCUUCCUAUACCCAGCGUUGAUAGACGUAGCGACGUCAUAGUUCCACAGGUUCUUGGACUUUAUCUCAUCUACGCUGACCUCAGCUCUGCAUUGCUUCCUGUAGCCCAUUUGCGUAGUCAAAGGGAACUGCUCCUGUGAUGGUCGGCAUCCGCACGUUGCGCAAGACUUUGAAAGGGUCUAGAACUGUCCAUGGCUUCCCAUUCGACUCUGCUUGGAUGGGAAUUGACCGCAAACGUCGUAUUUGCCCCUGAUUUGAAUCGAGAAGAUAAAUGUGUAGCCUAUGCAAAGGCUUGCUUUCCGUCGCCGACGCCAUCACAGACACCAGCAUCGAUACCUGUUGCCUCAAUCCAGCGGGCAAUCCGGGCCCACCACAAUUAUACUUGACCAU